AUGAACAUCCAUGGCCUGAUGGUGGAGGUGCCCAGGCUGCUGUGCUCUCAGCUCAGCCUGUCCCAGGCCUCUCUCCGGGGGACGUGUGAGGGCAGGGCAGGGCGGGGGGCCGGGGCCCGGGGCCACCGGUCGCCCCACCUGAAGGGGGGCUUUGUUCAGGGCCUUCGGAAGUUCUACUACAUCACGCUGCUGCGGGACCCGGUAUCGCGCUACCUCAGCGAGUGGCGUCACGUCCAGCGCGGCGCCACCUGGAAGACGUCUCUGCACAUGUGCGACGGCCGCACGCCCACGCCGGAGGAGCUGCCCACCUGCUACGACGGCUCUGAUUGGUCGGGGUGCACGCUGCAGCAGUUCAUGGACUGUCCCUACAACCUGGCCAACAACAGACAGGUGCGCAUGCUGGCCGACCUGAGUCUGGUGGGCUGCUACAACAUGUCCACGGUGCCGGAGAAGAAGCGGGCUCAGCUGCUGCUGGACUCGGCCAAGAAGAACCUGCGCGACAUGGCCUUCUUCGGCCUGACGGAGUACCAGAGGAAGACCCAGUUCCUGUUCGAGAGAACCUUCCGGCUGCGCUUCAUCCACCCCUUCAUGCAGUACAACAGCACGCGGGCCGCCGGCGUGGACCUGGACAACACCACGAUCCAGCGCAUCGAGGAGCUGAACGAGCUGGACAUGGAGCUGUAUGACUACGCCCGGGACCUCUUUCAGCAGCGCUACCAGUUCACCCGGCAGCGCGAGCGCCGCCAGCAGCGGCUGAAGACGCGCCUGCAGCCGGGGCACCGCGGCCUGGGGCUGGGAGUCGGCCUCUGGCCCUCCCGGGGCCGGCCGGGGGGCCAGCUCUUGCCGGGGCCCGACGCGGACAGGGACGGAGACGGCGACGAGGAGGGAGCUGGAGGCGUGAGCGUGGGAGGCGGAGCAGGGGGAAGGACGGAGGAGGUGGGGGGGAACCGACCCCCCACCGAGGACUACAUCAACCAGAUCAACCGCUGGUAGCGGGGGGGUGGAGGGUGGGCGGAGGUCCGGCCCAAACACACACACACACACACCGCUGCCAUGCUCACACUCUCAUGCAGUCAAACAUGCAUAUGCAAGCACUGAGCGACGCACACACUGACACACACACACUGACAGACCAACUGACACACACACACACUAACAUAAACUGAAACGCACACUGAGACACACUGGUACACACACACACACAAACACACACCCUGACACACACAUACCAGUGGUAUAGUGGGGGAGUGGGUGGUGAGUCAGUGGGUGGGGGGGCGCUACAUCAAGGGGUUGUCGUGGCGACGGAGGGACGGACAACCUGGCAUUAAAGGAACACUAAGGUCUGGGCAGCCGGGCGGUUGCUAUGGCGACCCAGGGCUCGCUGGCGACCGCGUAACAUAAGAGUUUACCGGGUCUAGUUUUGUUUUGCGUUUUUUCUUUCUGCUUUGCCCAGUAAUCAUCAUUCCCUCGAUCACCUGACCUCACGAUACUCCCCCACUAUACUCCCCCUCGCCCCCCCCCCCUCCCAGCACUACUUCUUCAUCGUCGUCAUCGUCACCUGAGGAGGAGGAGGAGGAGGAGGAGGAGAAGAAGAGUCGAGAGGAUUUAAACUGUUUCUGACAAACAAGACUCAUUUUAUUGAGCUCUGGUUCUUCACAGUCACACACACAGUCACACAGACACACACACGCACACACACACACAGUCACAGGCACACAGACACACACAGACACACAAACACUCACAUACACACACACACAGUCUCUCUUCUCUAUGACCUUGUGGAGGAGAACUGAUGACAAGUCUGUGAAUUCCUUUACCUGUCCUUGAGGACCGGUGUACUUCCUGGAUGUGAACUUUUCUAAGUAAAAGCGCAGAGGGGGUGAGAGCGUUUCCUCCACCCUUUCUGGAAGGCUUCCGAUCAGCUGAGUGGAACAAACGCAAAAGGAUUGCGACUGUACAGAAAAAAGACUGUGAAAAAAAAUCAAAGAGCCAGACAUAGUUAUGUUAUAAAAAAGAAAAAAGCUUUUGCUUUGAAAAAAAUAAUCUGCCUCCAUUUUAAACCAUGAACAUGAUUCUGUCAUAUACAGUUAGGAUGUUGUUUGCAUUUUAGGAUCAAUGAAACUGUUUUUUUUUUUAAUGCUUCCUUUUAUUUGUUUUAAGCUACAUUGUAAUGACACUGAGACCAAUAUUGCUGCCUACAGAAAAAAAGUGAUUCCUUUAUUUUAGAUUUGUAUUUUGUUUUAUAAAAUCAAAGGUAAUGGAUUGGACAGAUGUACAAUGGACCAUAGCCAUUACUAAAGCCUUGUGUGUGAGUGUGAUUGUAUGUGUGUGUUGUGAACAUUCGUUCACGUGUGUGUGUGUGUGUUUAAGAUGUCCCAAUGCAUUUUUAUUUCUCCUUCAGCUUCAGUCAAACUAACAAACAAACAAAAAUGUCUGACAGUUCCACCCACACAAAUAUGUAGACCGACCCAGAGAGGCAGACGUAUAAAAGGCAGCUUCUUCUAUUGGUUUGAGAGGUGAGCAUUGAGAGCUGCAAAAUACAAAGGUUGCCAUUAAAGCUGGUUCUGUAACUGUCCAUCACCAUGGCGAUGUGAACCACUUAAAGUGACGGUUGGCAUGUUGGCUUCCUCUCUCCGGGGAAAGGAGAAGGCCCGCCCACCUCUGUGGCUCCAUGGCGACCUCUAGGCUAUCCAGUGGGUGUUGGCCAGAGAUGGAUUCAAGGCGGUGGUUGUUAGUCCCAAUUUCGGUGUAACCUGUUUUGCUCAUUAUAACUAUUAACGGUUAACAUGUCAGCAUUAUAUUAGUGAUUUAUCUGACGUGUGUGUGUGUGUGUGUGUGUGUGUGUGUGUGUGUGUGUGUGUGUGUGUGUGUGUGUGUGUGUGUGUGUGUGUGUGUGUGUGUGUGUGUGUGUGUGUGUGUGUGUGUGUGUGUGUGUGUGUGUGAAUACAAUGUACAGUAUACCUUUUUGUUUGGCUUGUGUGUAUGCGGCUGUAAACAGUGUGGCCGCGAGAGAGAAUGCCUCGUGUGCUUAUGAGUGCGUGACCAGUUUCAUGACCAAGACCUUUCCGUUUUUAUUUUAAUUUUCGGAUCGGUUUAUGAACCCCCCAUCCCCCCCACCGCCAAUGCCGUUUGACUAUUCAAGCGUUCUGACCCUUCCUCCUUCCUUCUCUCCUUUGUCUUCUACUCCGUUAUACCAAGGGAACUUUCCUCCGAAAACAUCUGCGCGCAGAUAUAAAAAAAAAAAAUAGGCAAGAAUGUGUUUCUGGAGAUCCCACUGGGAGAGGUUGGCUGAUGGAGGUUUUGUCCCUUUUCAUGAUCGAAAAAAGCUUCCUUUUGAAGAAAAGAAAACAAUUUAGCAAUUUGAAUCCUCCACGCGUCACCUGAGUGCCGCCCGUGUCAGGUGAGACGUGAUGAAUGGGACUGAGGCGAGAGAAAGAGGGAGCGAGGGGACAAUGAUAAGUGUUGGGACGCAUCCCCUGGCUGCGUCCCAACACUUCUCAUUGUCCCCCUCUCAUUGGCCCCUUUUGUGUCGUCUUCAAGAUAAGCGCAAAAGGGGAUGGUGAAAGAGGACACCGAACGCUAAGCUCUUUUGUUGCUCUCCUCGGCUAUCGUGUUCGAGACGUCGAAGAAGCCAUGAGGGAGAGAGGGAAAAGGAACCCGGGCCAAAACAUUCUGGUUCCAGACUCCGAUAAACCUUCACCAAACCAUAAUGGGGGCUGGUUUGUAGACAUUUCCCAUUCAGUGUUCACCUUGCUAUCCAACCCUACCGUCCAGAACGCCUACCAUCAUGUAGGAGCCGUGUUUUGUUCCUUGUCUUGUUUCCAGGGCAUGAGAUCUAGGAGGGGUGAUUAUGCGUAAAGUGGAGCCCGUCGACCUCUCCAAAUGGUCCCAUCUGACUGUAACAUAGCCUAUAGCCCACCUGAAGCUCUUGUGGAGAAAGGGCCCCCCCGUUUGUGAAGCAGUUAUCCGUCAAGGUCUCUGCCAUGCCGCUUCUCAGCCUGACGCCGCAGUACAUCUGAACAAAGCAACCAAUCCCUUUUAUUUUUUUGUUUUCUUGUUUUUUUUAUUUCUUUUUGACUCGAAUGAUUCCAGAAUUUGAAGCGUCGACACUAUGAUGGAAACCAGGCAGUUGUUGUUUUUUUUGGUUUGGGUUUUUGCGUCGCCACACUAUGUAUCUAAUGUCUUAAUACCGCCUCGUCAACAUGGACUGCAGAGGUGAUGCAGGUGAGGAGUGAAUGUAAUAGGCUCAUGUUAGACCGCUGAGGGCGGCUCUGUCCUCUGUAUGCAACCUUCUCCUGUUCCUUUUAUUCUUAUCGCAAGGUUGAAUCAUCAAGCCACCGAUUAAAAAUGAUUUCAUUUUUAUAGCCCCUGACUGCGUUGUGGUUUGUCUU